UGUUACUGAGGUCCCAUCUUCCCCCCGAUUGCUGUUAUCUUUCACCAACUCAAACUCCCUGCAAAAUAACUCUAAUUUGUAAAUUGUUUAUACGAUUCUGUUGACAAAUUAAUUUGCGAACCCUAGAUUUCCUCAGUCCCUAUGCAACUACAGUAACGUUAUCCUUCAACUACUUCAUUUCCUUACCACUCUAGAUUUCUAGUGUUUUGAAGUGGACACCAAAAGAUAUGCCUUCUUCUCCAAAAUCGUUUUACCCAUCUAGACAAUCAUGGCUUGCUUAUAAUCGAAGAACUUCGAUUUCGAUCUGUUUUCUUCUUAUUGGGAUCUUUGGAUUCAUUUUUGGAUUAGUUUCAAUUUUAAGACCCGUUUCUAGUUAUAAUAAUAAAUGUAGAACAACAUCUGAACCUUUAUCUGUUUCUGUUGUUUGGGAGAAAAGUAGUGGGAAUAGUGGUAGUGAUUUGAAUAUUGGUGAUUCUCAUGAGGAUCAUAAGAGGCAUAAAGUUAUGGGGUUUGUCGGAAUCCAAACUGGAUUUGGAUCUGUUGGAAGAAGAAAAUCAUUGAGGAAAACUUGGAUGCCUUCGGAUCGACAAGGGCUUCAGCGUUUGGAAGAGGCUACUGGUUUAGCUUUCCGAUUUGUGAUUGGGAGAACCAGCGGUAAAUCAAAGAUGUUGGAACUCAAAAAGGAAAUUGAAGAAUAUGAUGACUUCAUCCUAUUAGACAUUGAGGAGGAGUACAGCAAACUCCCAUAUAAGACGUUAGCUUUCUUCAAAGCUGCCUAUGGACUUUUCGAAUCUGAUUUUUAUGUUAAAGCUGAUGACGACAUUUAUCUGAGACCAGAUCGUCUUUCUCUCCUCUUGGCAAAAGAGCGUUCAGAUCCUCGAACUUACCUUGGAUGCAUGAAGAAAGGUCCAGUUUUCACUGAUCCAAAACUCAAAUGGUAUGAGCCUUUGGGUUUCAUGCUUGGAAAGGAAUACUUUCUCCAUGCAUAUGGACCGCUUUAUGCUCUUUCCUCAGAGGUUGUCUCAAGUUUGGUCGCUUUAAGAAACGACAGUUUUCGCAUGUUUAGUAAUGAGGACGUCACGAUUGGUGCAUGGAUGCUUGCAAUGAACGUCAACCACGAGGAUAAUCGAGCCUUGUGUGAAUCAGAGUGUACACCAUCUUUUGUUGCUGUAUGGGAUAUUCCUGCUUGCUCAGGAUUAUGUGAUCCAGAGAAGAAGUUACUAAAACUUCACGAGAAGGAGAGCUGUGUUAAUACUCCAACUUUGGAAUCGGACGAUGAAUAGCUUUCUUUUUUCUGAAUUCAAGACCCGGCAGUAGAACAUGCAGAAGAGUGCAGGUUUUGUCCAAAGUUGCCCCUCAUGCCUCCUUGCUGAUUUCCAGUGUUGCACUACUAGUGUUUUUCAUGUCCACGUACUCGUAUGGAAUCAGCUAGGCGCUCUACUCACUAACCUAUUUUUUUUUGUAAAAGUAGUCUUGUAUAUUGAGGAUCGAAAAUUUUAAGAUGUAAUUCACGUACACACUAGAUUAUUACUUAAUCAUUCUUUCUUUUUUAUUA